AUGGUUUUUGUUGGCAAGGAGGAGUAUUGUGAGUAUGCCAUCCUUGCUGUGGACCCCAACUGGGACCCACUUGUCAUGCACUACUUCCAGGCCACCCAGGGCUCACUGUCACCAACUGAGAUCUGUGCCAUCAUCAACGCCUCCUGCACUGGACCCAACCAAGCCUACACCAACUACCAGCACUGCAUCUCCUACCUGACCGCCAUGCAGGCCUGCCCUGACACCUGCCCCUCUGGCUACCUCACCAACCACACCAGCUGCUACACCUUCCACACCCAGGCUGCCACCAUCCUGCCCAACAUCCACUGCAUGCACAUCAUGCCUGGCCCUGACACCCCCAAGUGCUGCAAUUUCUGCAUCAAAACCAGACCCUGCAGCUCCUGCCACCCCAACACCAUCUGCACCUUUGCCACACCCUUUGGACAGACCCUUCCUGAAUAUGCCUGCCAAUGCAAGGAGGGCUACACCAGCAACAGCACCAUAUCAUACCAGCCCAAUACCUGCCUGCCAGCCCCCAUCACCACCAACACCACCACACUGAUCGACCCCAAGUACCAGUGUCCCUCCCCACAGCCAAUUACAAGGAUGGCCUCUGUGCCAAUGCCUACCCUCUUGUGGCUUCACCUGGAACACCACCACUGCCACCAUUGA